AUGUCGGCGAUCUACAAUCUCGAACCGCAACCCACUGCGUCCGUCAUUAUCCACACCACUCGAGGCGAACUCUCUGUCGAGCUGUUCGCCAAACAAGCGCCGUUGACAUGUCGCAACUUCUUACAACUAGCCCUCGACGGCUACUACGAUAACACGAUAUUCCACCGAUUGGUUCCUGGCUUCAUUCUGCAGGGUGGCGAUCCCACCGGCACUGGCAACGGCGGAGAGUCGAUUUACGAUGGAGGCGCAUUCAGCGGUGAUCUGGAUCCUUGGCCCAUGGACCAGCGCAUGGGCAAGAACGCAGGGCCAACAGGAAUCAAUUUCAAGGAUGAAUUCCAUUCGCGUCUCAAAUUUAAUCGCCGAGGCCUACUGGGUUCCGCGAACGAAUCGCGCCCGGAUACAAACAGCAGUCAGUUCUUCUUCACCCUCGACACGGCUGAGGAAUUGAAUGGAAAAAACACCAUGUUUGGACGAAUUGCUGGCGAUACGGUCUACAAUUUGGCGAAAAUGGGCGAAGGAGAAGUGGAUGAAGCUACAGAACGCCCAACAUACCCGGUCAAGAUCGAGCGCAUAGAAAUCUUGAUAAACCCAUUUGAAGAUAUGAAGAAGCGAUCUCGAGUUGCUGCCGUUGCGCCGUCUAAAACAACCACAACCAAAGAUAAAAAGAAGAAGCGAAAAGGCGGGAAACAACUGCUGAGCUUUGGCGACGACGAAGGCGACGACGAAAUGCCUGUGCUAAAGAAGAAGAAAUUUGAUCCCAGAAUCGUUAUGGAAGCGCCGGAGGAAGCUCCGGAGCAAGACGAAGUUCGCAGCAAACCAACAAAGGCCAAGAAGGAGCGAGCAUCGGAAAAAAGAGUGUCAAUCGCUCAAGAGGAACAAGAUAACUCAGAUCAGACCACCCCCCGCGAGCCACCCAAGGAGGUUCGGCAAAAACCUGCCCCACCUGUCAAGAUGGAGAUCGAGGACGAAUCACCUGAACCGGAAGCCCCCCGAAAGACAGCAUUGGAGCGAGCCAAUGAAGAGAUGGCAGCACUCAAGGCGUCCAUGCGACGAACGAUACACUCUGAAGAACCCGUGAAGGAGAAGAAGAAGUCUGCGCUGGAAUCUAUGAUCCCCGAAACAUCAAUGAGGGGACGAAAACGACGACCAGGAGCGGCCAACACUUCAGCAGCGGACGACGCUAAAGCGCUCCGCAUGCUCAAAGCCUUUCAGUCAAGAUUGGAGAAGGCACCUCCAGAGAAAGAGAAUGAACCAGCGGCUCGUGAAACUACCAAGGAUGGGGAAGACGCGCAAGCUGGGGACGAGGAAGCUGAGUUGUGUGAUCUGCACUUCAUCGCAAAUUGCCAAAGUUGCACGUCAUGGGAUAAGCAAGAAAAGGAUGAGAGCGACGACGAGGGUUGGAUGUCGCAUGCUCUCAGCUUUGCGGCAGAUAAACUCGGUAAGGAUCUAAGCAACCGUAGAAAGGCGGAGGAGGAGCUCGUUGUGAUUGAUCCACGCGAGAAGGCUCGGACUCUCAAGGAUGAGAAGAAGGCAGCUAGGGACGCACGACAAGGAAACUCGGGUCGAGCGUGGGAUCAAGCACGAGAUGCAGCAAGGAAUGCCAAGAUGGCACAAGCCGCCUCGCUUGCAGGACGCGGAGCAAAAUGA